AUGUUAUUGUCUGAAGAGGCCCCAUUGAACUAUUUCCUGCCCAUUGAGCGCGAUUUCCCUUUCCAGACCCUGGAGGGCUGCGGAGAACAGGGGGCGCCCGGUGGGCUGGUCCGUGGUCUAGGGUGUUGGCGGGAUCACCUGAAGCGCCGCGGGCCGAGGAACAAGACCGGACCGGGAUCGGUGGCAGCUGAGCCUUCGGAGAAGCGCGGAGACCAGCCCGACUUGGGCCAGGCCCUGGGCGCGACCUUAGGCCGGGCUGCGCGCGGUGGUCGCGGGCUCCGGCGCACGCGGGAGCCGCGGCGGGGCUGGCAUACCUGCGGGGUCCGGGAUGCGCUUGGAGAGAGAGGAGGGGACCGCGCGCGCGCGGGAGUGGGGGAGCCUCGCGGGCCGCCCCGUCGGUNGCAGUACCGCGUGGACCAUCUGCUGAGCGCCGUGGAGAGCGAGUUGCAGGCGGGCAGCGAGAAGGGCGACCCCACGGAGCGCGAGCUGCGCGUGGGCCUGGAGGAGAGCGAGCUGUGGCUGCGCUUCAAGGAGCUCACCAACGAGAUGAUCGUCACCAAGAACGGCAGGAGGAUGUUCCCGGUGCUGAAGGUGAACGUGUCUGGCCUGGACCCCAACGCCAUGUACUCCUUCCUGCUGGACUUCGUGGCGGCCGACAACCACCGCUGGAAGUACGUGAACGGGGAGUGGGUGCCCGGGGGCAAGCCGGAGCCGCAGGCACCCAGCUGUGUCUACAUCCACCCCGACUCGCCCAACUUCGGGGCGCACUGGAUGAAGGCGCCCGUCUCCUUCAGCAAAGUCAAGCUCACCAACAAGCUCAAUGGAGGGGGCCAGAUCAUGUUGAACUCCUUACAUAAGUAUGAGCCUCGAAUCCACAUCGUGAGAGUUGGGGGUCCACAGCGUAUGAUCACCAGCCACUGCUUCCCGGAGACCCAGUUCAUUGCGGUGACCGCUUACCAAAACGAGGAGAUCACAGCUCUUAAAAUUAAAUACAAUCCAUUUGCAAAAGCUUUCCUCGAUGCAAAAGAAAGAAGCGAUCACAAAGAUAUGAUGGAAGAAACAGGAGACAGUCAGCAGUCUGGGUACAACCAAUGGGGCUGGCUGAUCCCCGGAACCAGCACCCUGUGUCCACCUGCCGCCCCCCACCCGCAGUUCGGAGGCCCCCUCUCGCUCCCCUCCACGCACGGCUGCGAAAGGUACCCGGCCCUGAGGAGCCACCGGCCAGGCCCCUAUCCCAGCCCGUACGUGCAUCGGAACAGCUCUCCAACCUAUUCCGACAGUUCAUCCGCCUGUCUGUCCAUGCUCCAGCCCCAUGACAACUGGUCCAGCCUUGGAAUGCCUGCCCACACCAGCAUGCUGCCCAUGGGUCCGAACGCCGGUCCUCCUGCGGGCUCCAGCCAGUACCCCAGCCUGUGGUCCGUGAGCAGCGGCAGCGUCGCCCCGGGCGCCCAGGCGGCGGGCGUGCCCGGCGGGCUGGGAGCCCAGUUCUUUCGAGGCUCCUCCACCCACUCUGCCCCCCUCGCCCACCCGGCCUCGGUGUCCUCCUCGUCGGGGUCCCCGCUGUACGAGGGGGCUGCCACGGCCACAGACGUUGCCGACAGCCAGUACGACGCCUCGGCCCAGGCCCGCCUCCUGGCCUCGUGGACGGCUGUGUCGCCCCCGUCCAUGUGA